AUGUUUCGUUUAGUGGUGAUUUUUGGAUUGUUAUCGAUACAAGUUCAAGGGCAACAAUUAGAAAGUCUCCACUCCGAAGCUCCUCAAAAUGCGCAACUCGUCUCGAUUCGACAACUGGCUGGAAGAAAGACGAGAAUUGCUCAAGAUCUAUCCAAUGUUACGUUAGCAAUUUGGGGUGACGUAAAAGAGAAUUAUCUCUUUGGUGAGAAAUAUCGGGAAUUACUUGGACCGGCAACUUUUGCUUCAUUCGACGCUCGUGUUCAUUAUUUGAAUUACGGAUUCUUUUACAUUCUUUCUAAUGAAAACAUACGAUUUAUUCCAUUACCAACCGGGCAUCAUUGUCAUGGGCGAUGGCUUCAAUAUGGAAAAAUCCGGGGAAUCUUCUUUUUCUAUGAUGGUCAAUACAGAUUUGGAAGCUUUUGCUUGGAUACUGGAGCUAUUGCAUUUUUGGAUAAACAUGGUCAACCAAUCGUUUUCGAGUCACAGUCUGAAGCCAAGCCUGCCCCACAUCAGCACAACGGUUUCUAUCAAAUUUGUAUUGGGAAAAAUAGACAGCCAGUGACUCCACUUUCACUUCCAGUCAUUCCAAUUCCUCCAAAUCCGAUCAAUCAUUUCCCUUCUGUUCCGAAUCACCCAACUCUUAUUCCAGCUCCACAAGGACAAAACAAUUCUCAAGAAGUGCGGCAAAAUUCACUGAUCACUUACAACUUUGGAUGUGAUAACGGCGAGUUUUCUUCGUUUUUUGAUUGUGUUAUCAAAAGGAAUGGACAAAAGCAAUCAAAUAAACCGAUUCCAUCUUGGUUCCCAUUAAUAACAUCGCCGAUCGACUUCACAGAAUCACGAGCUUCACAGAAUCAAGACUCACCACCGAGUUAUGCUCAAGUUCCUCCAAGCUAUCCAUUUGGUUCGGGAAAAGAUGCUUACGAUUUCCCACCAAUACCACCUCCAUUCGAGCAACAAAACAACGCCGGCAAAACCGAAAUGUUAUUCUCUAUAUUCCUCGGUAUUCCUAUUCUUCUAUCGAUCUUG